GGGUCUCUAAACUCUAAAGAAACAUUUUUUCCGUGCAAGGAUACAAUUUUCUGGAGACAUGGAAAAUGAAAAUGUGAAGCUAAUCGUGCACAGUAAUUUCUAUUCCAUCUAGCUUGUGAUUUCUUCUCCAUCGCCGUUUUCCUCAGAACUCUCGUCUUACAGUUACUGUUUCGAGCUUCAAUGGAUCCAUACCAAGAAGACCGUCUCAGGGAAGAAGUGAUCUACCUCCACUCUCUCUGGCAUCAAGGCCCACCGAGACCCCAAAACCCUAUCGCAUACCAGACUUCCCUUCGCCCCAUAAAUCCUACCCAAUUCAAGAGAAGGGGAAACCCACCUCCUGCAAGACGCGGCAAAUUCGAGACUGAAUCUUCAGAUUCCGGCAUUGAAUGGCCCUGCAAGCUCAAAACAGAUAAACCGCCGGAAAUUGAUGCUGGUUGGCCCAAGGUAUUGGUCCCGUCAAGUUCUGAGCGCCGCUCGUUAACAACCGAAGAACAGGCCCAAUUGGCCUCCAAUCAGGCACAAAAAGCUGCGUUGAAGGCUGUAAGUGAUUUCCUCUGCAAUGAAGACAGCUCUGAUGACGAAGAAGCCGAGGAUGAAUGCAUAGAUGAUGUCCAGGAAGGAGACAUUGACAAUACAGCAAAGGGAGAAGUGCGCGGAAGCUUAGAUUUUUUUGUGAAAUUGUUUGAGAAUGACAGUGCAUUGAGGGAAUACUACGAGAAGAACUAUGCGGGUGGGGAGUUCAGCUGUCUAGUGUGUUUUGCGGCCGGGAAGAGAAGUGUGAAGAAGUAUAAGGACUGUCUGGCUUUAGUUCAACAUUCUAUUUCUGUAACCAAGACCAAGCGUAAGCAGGCUCAUCGUGCAUUCGGGCAGUCAGUUUGUAAGAUUCUAGGAUGGGACAUCAAUCGUCUGCCACCUAGUAUUGCUUCAUCACAACUAGAAAAUAAACUAGGUCUUUCUUCCGAUAGCCCUGUUGAGGGUCAGCAGAAUGAUAAUGCAGAGCCUGCCUCUAACAAUAGCGGUGAUGGUGGUGGUGAUCGUAUAAUUAAUGAAAAGUUAGAAGCUGAUGAUGGUCGAUCUUCACUGCUCGAGGGUAGCAUUGACGACUGUCUUAGAGACGACUUCAAUCUCCAAGAAUUUAUUAUGGACAUUGUGUAUGGUAGUAAUGGGGAAGUAUCCACUCAAAACAAGUCCUUUAACAGUGACAACCCACAAGAUAACACUGAUAGCAGAUCUCCAUUUUUAGUGGAACCUGCAAAGGAGGAGGAGGCUGGUGUGAAUAAAACUGAUUAGGAUGAUGCCGUUUCGAAUCUAAAUAUAUGCUGCAAUCGUCCGCGGGAUUAGAAGUAUCUGCCUUCUGCUGUAAUCUUAACCUGAAUAUGCUGCAAUAUUACUUGACGUUUGUCAGACCUCUCUUUAGCAAGAGUGUAAUCUUAGACUUCUUAUCUAGUUACAUGUUCAUUGUUGAUAAAGUAGAAGAAUCCUUACACACAAUUUUGUUAUGAAUUGUUAAUAAAGUAGAAGAAUCCCUAACCACAAGUUUUGUCAUUCAGUCCUUGAAUUAAUUCCACUCUGGGGGGGUGUACAUUAUUUUCGUCAAUCCCACAUUUGAUUUGUGUCUUUGACUCCGUCCACUUUUGGUGUAUUAUUAUAUUGUUUUUGCUCA